CGUUCUGUCAAUUAAUAAUGUCGAUGUCUUGAUAAAUCCGACAAGUUAUCGAUUUUAUUUUAUUCUGGCAAAUUUUACAAUAUAUUUCUGCAUUAGUAGUUGUUUAGCUAUUGUAAGGUGCUUGUUAAACUAAAGUUAUUUUAGUUGUUGAAGGAAAUAUUUAGAAAACGAAAUUUACAAUGCCGCAUUUAGUAAAGGAUUCGAAUGAUUUGAAGAAUCAACUUAAAGAUGCUGGAUCAAAGUUAGUUGUAAUUGAUUUUUUUGCUACUUGGUGUGGCCCAUGUAAAAUAAUCGCACCUCGGCUGGAGGAAUUGUCCAAAGAGUACGAAGGCAGAGUCGUUGUAUUAAAGGUUGAUGUAGAUGAGUGUGAAGACAUUGCAAUGGAGUACAACGUAUCUAGCAUGCCAACGUUUGUAUUUAUUAAAGAAAGCCAACAGAUAUAUUCGUUUGCUGGGGCAAAUGCUGAAAAAUUAGCGGAUUACAUAGAGAAGAAUGCAUAACUCUAAAUUCGAAUCACAUUUUUUUGUUAAUGUUUUGCUAUACUAUAUGAUGCAAAGUUUCCAAAUUUUAUUUUAAUCAAUAAAAAGUGGUAUUGCUUUCAGAUCAUUAUCUAAAUAGAAA